UGUUUCACUGGCAAGCCACGAUAAUGGGACCUGUAAGUACUGUGACGACAAUCACCAUUAUCAUAUUAGUUUUUUUUUUUUUGUAUUUUGAUUACAUUUUCCUAAUGACCUGUGAAGCUCUGCCAAGGUUUACAUGAUACCAAUAGUGCUGAAUCUUCUACUCUAACAGAACGACAGUCCUUAUCAGGGUGGGGUGUUCUUCCUGACUAUUCACUUUCCCACAGACUACCCCUUUAAACCGCCAAAGGUGAGCCAGAAAUAUGUGUUUGUGCGCAUGCGUGUGUGUGUGCACACUGAAGUGACAGACGACAUCCAUUUAUCCUAGUCAGUCAUACACACAUGCAUUUGUCUGUACGUGUUUUCUCUGUGAUGGCUGUACGUGUUUUCUCUGUGAUGGCUGUACGUGUUUUCUCUGUGAUGGCUGUAACUGCGUCGUUUCUUGAUGCUCCUUUUCUGUACCCUUCAUCUAUUUUAGUUCUUCCUCCUCUUAACUCAACCACGUCUGUGUGUGCAGGUUGCAUUUACCACGAGAAUCUAUCACCCAAAUAUCAACAGCAACGGCAGCAUCUGUCUCGACAUCCUGCGAUCACAGUGGUCUCCCGCCCUCACCAUCUCCAAAGGUACACAGUAGAUUACACCAUACAAUAGAGUAGAUGGAAGAUGUGAAUUAAACAACUUUGUUUUUGUCACUGUAAGGCCGUAAAAUAGGAAAUGAUUUUUUUGUUGGUUUUGGUACCUGUGUCUGGUGUGGUAUGAGUGACUGGCUGAACUUUCUCCUGUUUGUCUGUUUUGUCACAGUAACUGCCUAACUAAUUUAAGUUCAACUCUCCUUACCUUAGUCCUAAACCAAUAACAUCGAACCUUGACCUCUUCCCUUAGUUCUCCUGUCAAUCUGCUCUCUGCUGUGCGACCCAAACCCAGACGACCCCUUAGUACCUGAGAUUGCCCGCAUCUACAAGACGGACAGGGAAAAGUGAGUAACUAACUAUAGCUCUUGCUUCAGAGGAUAGUGUUCUAUAGGAUAGCAUACAACCUCUUGAGUCCAUGUGGUUAAACAUAGGAUUAUCUCGUUAGAUCCUUUAGAUAAUCCUCUGGGUAUCUGUCUGUAUGCUAAAACUGUUGAACAUAUAGUAAUCUGGACACUUACUGUAUUCAAGAACCGGAAACAAACUAUUUUUCUCUGCUUUCAGGUACAACAGAAUAGCUCGGGAAUGGACACAA